CGGGGUUCCCUUUGUCUUUUGGCUCUGCCUUUCAAACGGCUCAUUGCAUGUCGUCUGCCAUCCAUUGUGUUGCCUCUUGAUAUCUUCAUUUCCCUCAUUCCUCAUUCCAUUUUUCUCCCUCAGCACCGCCAGCUGUGAGCAAAGACGAAAGGAGUCCUGGACCACUUGACCAUGUCAACCAUUCCCGAAUGCGAACUUCCUACUAUCCGCGUCGAGGAGCCACGAAGCCAGGCCACAGGGUCAGAGAGUUGGAUGGACGUCGAUGUAGACGACGAUGACGAAAUGCCCCCGCUAGUCGAAAAGCCCGUGGGACAUGAUACUCAUUCCGGACCCGACGAAGUCGAAGACAACGAAGACAGUCUUCCCGAGAUAUCUGUUGCUUCUUAUUCAAGUCUUCCUUCGGGAGGGUACACCUUUAUUGCCGAUGGUGGGGAGUCAUCUGUAGCUGGGGCCGUUUCAACGACAAGUUUCCAAAUGCCCGGCACAUUGUCGAUUCGCCAUACUCCGGCCGGUCCCACGACGAGCUCACACCAUGAAUUCUCGUUCUCAAUCAACAACAAUGCGAGUCAUUCAAACUCCAACUCGGUAUCGCCAUUACCCUCCCCAUUGACGGAUGUAGCAGAGGAAUUCACCAAUAUUAUCACGAACGACAUCGCUUCUGCGCCUCGUGGCCGAACCAAACAUCAUCUGUUGUCAGACGCAGAUGAUGGGCCUGCAGGUGGCGACGGCGAAGUAGGAGGAGCUGGAGGUUACAUCCCUCGUCCUCCAAACGCGUUCAUUCUAUUCAGAUCAUCAUUCAUAAGGAGUCAAAAGAUAUCAGGGAAGGUCGAAGGUAAUCAUAGCACGUUAAGCAAGAUUAUAGGCAUGUAUUGGCGAACGUUACCGACAGCUGAGCGAGCCGAAUGGGAGGCCAAAGCGCGAAUUGCGCAAGAUGAACAUCGGAAACGUUACCCUGACUGGAGGUUCAGACCUGGAUCAAGUAAAAAUACGAGUCAGAGGGGGCGCGGUAGAAGAACUAAAGGGGGUGCACGUAAGGGCAGAUUGAAAACGAAAGACGGCGGAGGAGAAGAGGAUACUCCCACGGAGCUGGAUGAACGCGUAGUCGCUGUGCGACACGACACGACGAUUACUGUCGAUAAAGGGAAGAGGAGGGAGUGCGACAGAGUCAGCGUGUCGGCGAAAGAUGCAGAUAAGGGCAGAGGAAGAGACAAGGUAGAAGCAGACGCGUCACCACAGAAGAUUUCGAUUCUAAUCCCUCAAGCUCCUUCGUCGUCGAAGAAGCCGUAUCAUCUUCGCGAUCGUUCAUCAAAAUCCUCCAGCACGUCCUUUAGCAAUGACCACGCCGUCCAACCUUCCGAAUAUACGUCUGUCAACGUGACAGCUCUUCCAUCCAACCCCUCCACAUCAACUAAUUACACCUCAGUUACGAAACCUUUUUCUCUCCCCAUUCCUAUAGCAAAAACGAACGUAUCCCCCGAUGCAAAACCGCAAUCCCAACCAACAAGAGAAGAUCUCCGAAUUAAACACAUCACCCGGCUUCUCGUAGAGGGUAAAGAAGGUGCUGAGUUGGAGAGAGAGCUAGAGAGAUGGGAGAGAGGGGAGGAUCCCGAGAUUUCUGGUCCGAAUUCCUCAGAUACCGAACGUGGUGGGACUCCAUUUCCACCAUGGUCACCAGAAGUGCCUACUCCUGCUUCUGAUCGUUACCCUAAUACCCCGUUAUCUUCAUCAACUACGGAUAAAGAUACUCAUACCCAGAGAAUGGUCCCAAUUGAAGUUGCUCCUGACCGUAUGUCCCCGCAGAGCUCCCUGACUUCGAACCAACUACAGAUUCAACAGUUUGUUGGCGAAGAAAGGGUGAGCAGUGGUAAAAAGAGGUCUUCUAGUGCGCCUGCACCAGGAACAAGGGUACCAUUCCCGGCUCAGAAUCCAUCCAGUCCAUAUCAACCAAACUUUUCUGGACAUAAUCCGUCUGAGAGCAUUGCAGAUGUUAACACUGGCGAAAGCGAACAUAACUCACAGCUUCAGGUCGAUUCCUCCUCUAUUUCGACAUGGGAUGACUCUUACGAUGACUAUUUCAAUGGUUAUGAGCACCAGCAGCAACAAUCAUCUAGUCCGUUUUCAUCAUCGCCGCUGAGUGCAGGAGGUCAAUUUCAGCAGGAGCAAAGCCAGAGGCAAUGGACAUAUCCUCCGUAUCCUUCCCAGUCCGUUGUAUCUGUUCCAGAGACAGAUCACGGCGUGCAUCAAUAUACGCAGGCUUCCCCCUUUCCUUCCAAAAAUUCUCACCGGCACACCAGAACCCGGUCGCAUCUACAUCCUAUUCAAUCAUUUCCGUUGGCUGGAGGAGAUGCCAUGUUGCAACCGCCCAAUUCCUCUACCUUGCACCCGUCUCAGGACCAUAUGAUGACAUCCCCGACUCCAUCCUCCCUUACACCUGUCACACCCUCCUCUGCUCCUCCGGGUUAUGGUGGACGAACACAAUAUGCCCUCGAGAGAAAUGCGAAUAUGCCGAGGAGAGGAUCAAUCGCUUUCCCCAUCACUCCCUCUUCUCGCUCAUCGGUUUCUUCGUCAGACUUUCUUGUCAAUCGGAAAACACUGACCUGGCGGAACGAUCUAGGCAGUCGAAACCAUCACGGUGGCGGGAUUGACAGUGGCAGCGAGGCACUGACAUGGGAAACCGCUGAAGUGCAACGGGGACAGUGGUUCCGAACUGAACCAACUGGGGGCGAAACACCUCAGCACCCUCGUUACGAGUUGACAUACAGGGAGGAGACACAGGAAUCAGUAUAUCCUUCUCCUGGCACAAGAGACAUGGGGUGGGUCGUGUCUCAACACCCACAACAUUCUUUCCAACUAUUUUCACCCUCUGACGAUGUUGGUCCCAGUUCUGGCAUGAACUGGGAGCAGGCGGACCAAGGAAGGCAAGGAAUGGUUACCUGUAUUGUGGAUCCGUAUCUUUUAGCUUCUGGGGACGGGGAGGAGACGGAAAAAGCUGACCCCCCGCCAACGUCAAGUUACAGUUCCUUGAGUGGCUGGGCCGGGGAACCAGUUGUAAGGCUAUCUCCACCGAACUACUAUGACCGGAAAGAUUCGCAGUCCUCCGUCUGGGAAGUUGACGACGACGUUAGUUUUGGGUUUGGAGUUGGUUUCGGGAGAAGGGGUGGUUAGCGGUCUGAUCAGAUAAACCCACAUUUACGCUACUGCUCUAGCGGCUUUUCUACGUGAAUAGCUCGCUAUGUUUUCAUAUGUGCUACGCUCUCUAAGUUGUUAAUCUUUUUCUUUUUUUACGAACCACGACCACCCUUUCUGUUGUAUACCGUUUGCGAUGCCCUCAUACUACGUAGGACUUGUUGUAAUUAUGUAUAUGAAUUAGUUGUCGUAUUUUUCAUGUAAUAUCACUUGGCAGACACGAAA